UGGUAGGAGUUGAGAAAUCUCCAUGACAAAGUAAAGAGAGUUCUUAUACAGUCACUGAAGGCUAGGUUCUGCAGACAGAGCACACAUCUUUUGCAUGAUGGGCUCUGCUAUCUUCUUACUCUUCAGCCUUCUGUGGAGCACACAGUUAGUCACCUGUGACGCCAGGUUCCUUGUGACGGCUCCCAAUGUGUUCCAUGUGGGAGUGAAAGAGCGCGUGUCGGUGCAGCUGGGCCAAGCGCUGUUCAACAGGCCGGUCACCCUCUACCUAGAGCAUGAGAUCUCCGGAAUGCUAAUGUCUGAAAAGGUCCAGGUUGUUUUUAAUGGUGGGGAAGAAGGGAAAACCAAGAUUGCUAUGCUUGAGUUGAUGAACGAAGCCUCACUGCUGAAGGCUUCAGAUAAUGGAGUGCCCCCUUAUCUAAUGCUGGUGUGUGAUUUUGGAGGUCAAAGGAAAAGGGAAUUGGCCAGGGUUCUGGUGUCCAAACAUAAAGGCUACAUCUUUAUCCAAACGGACCAGCCCAUCUAUAACCCCAAUCAGAAAGUACAGUACAAAAUAUUCACACUGGACCACGCAAUGAAGCCUGUCGAAGAAUAUACUCAAGUCUCUAUAACAAAUGCUGGAGGGAACCGAAUCAAAUCCUCAACAUUCCAAACAAAAAAUGGAAUCAUGUCAAGGAACUUUCACAUUCCCGAUAUUUCAGAGCCUGGAGUGUGGAGGAUCACAGCACACUAUAAAGGGGAUGAGAACAAUCCUACCACUCGAGAGUUUAAGGUUCAGAAGUUUGUUCUUCCCAGCUUUGUUGCAUCCAUUACACCAGAGAGAAACUUCUUCCUAGCAAACUCUGAGAAGUUCGCUUUUUCCAUUGAGGCUAAGUAUUCUUAUGGUGAGAACGUGGAUGGGGCUUUCCACUCCCGGUUUGGAUUGAAAUUCAGAGAGGAAGAAGGGGGGAAGAAGUGGGGGGAAGACGAGAAGAAAGAAAUAACCUUCAUCAGAGGCAUGGAGAAGACAGGAGCUAUUAAGGAGGGUAAGGCACAGGUCGUAAUACCAAACGUUGAAGAUCUCAUCAAGAGAAUGAACACGUCAACACAGCAGCUGGCUGAGGCAGGAGCAAAGCUCUAUGUCGCCGUGUCAGUCACCGAUAUAAAAAGUGGGGAGCUUCAGGAGGCGGAGGCCUUUCUUCCCAUCGUUCUUCACCCAUACCUGGUGGACCUGUCACGUGUCCAGCCUCACUUCCUCCCUGGACUACCCUUUGAGCCAGCUGUUGUCGUCAGGCUUCCAAAUGGCUCUCCAGCACCUGGGGUCCAAAUGCGGAUUGAAGUGACAGAAUCUCAAGAGAAACAAUGUGAUCCAAAAAGUAAUCAUGAUGGAGUGGCAUAUUGCAUAUUCAACGUCCGAACAGAAGCCCAAUCAAUUAGUGUUAAAGUUACUGUAGAGGGCACUGCUCAUGAGAAGACUGUGGCUCCUGCCUCCUCCCCCAGCAACAGCUUCCUGUAUCUCAGUACGAUCAGCGAGGUUGUGAAGAUGACAGACACAGUUAAGAUUCAGUUCAGGGCUGUCAAUACAAAUCCAGCAGAUGGUUGGUUCUAUUACAUGAUUUUCAGCAAAGGAGAACUCAGACAGGUUGGCUCAGAGAAGGCAUCAGAGUUAACACAAACACAGAUAUCUAUCAGCCCCGACAUGGUCCCAUCGUUCCGCCUCGUUGCCUACUUCUACCACAGCAAUGGUGAAAUAAUAUCAAACUCAAUAUGGGUAGAUGUCGAGGACGCCUGCAAAGGAACGUUUUCAUUGUCUCGCAAGGCAGGCGACGCAGUACCAGGACAAAAGACCCAAUUGAACAUUGAUCUCGGGAACCAAAAGGCUACUGUAUCCCUGCUAGCUGUUGACAAAGCCAUCUAUGGCCUGAAUUCACCCAAUAAACUCACUUCCAAACAGGUGUUCUCCUCUAUGCAGUCCUAUGACUUGGGCUGCUCAUACGGUGGAGGUUCAGAUACAGCUGCAGUCUUCAAUCAGGCUGGCCUCACCUUCAUCUCCAGUGGCAGUAUGGCAUCUCAGAUGAGGAAAGGGUUCAGCUGUGAAUCAGGAUUCAGACGUCAGAGACGUUCCCUGGAUCUGCAGACGAAAAUGUCGGAGAGAGAACAGCGUUACAAAGACCAGAGGCUGCAGAAGUGCUGCCACAGUGGCUUGGUGCUAAUCCCCAUGCUAAUAACAUGCCAAGAGCGGGCAGAGAGGGUCCAGCUGAGGCACAAACAGGACUGUGUUGAUGCCUUCCUUGAAUGCUGCCACGAGGGGAAACGGCUGAGGGAGCAGAAGAGAUUGGAAGACAUGCGGAACGGAUUUGGCAGAACUGCUAGUGUUCAAGAUAUUGAGGAUUUCUUUGAUAUUGAAGAGCAAACCAUUCGCCAAUACUUUCCACCAAGCUUUAGUUUUGUUGACAUUGCUGUGGAUGGAAAGAAAGAACAUGCUUUGCUGAUGCCAGAUUCCAUCACAACAUGGGAGAUUCAGUCUGUCAGUCUUUCCCAAACCCAUGGUAUCUGUGUAGCAGAACCUUUGGACAUCACGGUUUUCAAGGAAGUGUUUCUUUCUUUGAGAUUACCUUACUCAGUGAAACGGUUUGAACAGUUGUCCAUCCCUGUUGUUGUUUACAACUAUGGAGAUGAGGCCAGAGAGUUAGCUGUUCACAUGAAGCAAGUGGAUGGAUUGUGUUCUCCGGCUGCCAAAACGUCCAAGUCCUAUCAGGAGAUCCAAGUGGGAGCGCUCUCCUCCCUCACUGUCUCAUUCCCUGCAGUCCCAAUGGCAUUGGGUUCAAUUCCAAUCAUAAUUCAGCUUUAUGAUCGAGAGCUUGAACUUGGUGUGGAUGCCAUUCAGAAGACUCUCUCAGUCCAGACAGAUGGAUUUCUGUCCAAAAAGGAGGAGACAUUUUACCUUAAUUUAGACGGAAAGUCCGAUAAGAUUUUCACCAUACCAGCACAGUUUCCAAACAGCACAGUGCCUGACACCGGCACCACACUCACUGUCAAGAUAGAAGGAGAGGUGUUUGGCAAGGCCACAGUGGUGCCCCUGCUCUCCGCCUCUAAAGUGCAGCACUUGAUUAAUGCCCCACUGGGCUGUGCUGAACAGACCAUGAUGCUUAUGUCCCCAACUGCCCUCUCUCUGCGCUACCUGGACCGUGGCGAAAAAUGGGUUCAACUGCCUGCAGGGAAGAGGGACGAGGCCAUCGAUUUUAUAGAGAAGGGUUAUGAAAGAAUUCUGACUUUCAAAAAAGGGGAUGGAUCAUACGGGGCGUGGCUUCAGUAUGACAGCAGCACCUGGCUUACUGCCCUGGUGGUGAAAGUCUUGUCCAUAGUGGCCGAGCGUCAGGCAGCAGUCACUGGCGAGCAGGGAAGAGCAGAAAAAUUUGUUAAUGAGGACGACAUCCGGCAAUCUGUUCAGUAUCUGCUAAAGAUGCAGCAUAGCGACGGACAUUUCUCUGACCCUAAACCUGUUAUUCAUCGGGAAAUGCAGGGAGGAAUCGGAGGUGUUGAGGGGGAGGUGUCACUCACUGCGUUCAUCACCCUCGCCCUCAAUCAUUCCCUCCCUUUCCUGACCGACGCAGAGAAGAAAGAGGCAGAGGACAGUAUCUCUAAAUCUACAUCUUACCUCCGGUCCCGUGUUACGGACCUGGAGACACCUUUUGCCAUGGCCAUCACAACCUAUUGUUUAUCUACUUGUCUUUCUAACCUCACACUGUCAGAGGUUGCCUGGGAGAAGCUCAAGAAAAAAGUCACAAAAGAGGGAGAAUGCAAAGUGUGGCGUGCAGAUUUCUCGUUGGAUAACAGAGGGCGCCGUCGUAUUACUGCUGAGGCUCUGACCGUGGAGACCACUGCCUAUGCACUACUGGCCGCAGUGGCCCAGAAGGACUUCUCAUGGGCGGACGACGCAGCCUGCUAUCUGGCAACACGGGAGAACUACAGAGGAGGCUGGACUUCCACCCAGGACACCAUCGUGGCCUUAGAGGCCCUGUCAGUCUAUGCCCUGAAUAGGCCUGAGUCUCCCUUCAGUAAAAUGACAGUGCACUUCCAUGUGCCGGGAAAGAGUCAGACUGAAACCCUCGCUACGGAUGACACUGGUCUUGCUGUAGAGACAGACCUAAAGAGACUGGUAGGACAUAGUAUAAGUGCUACGGUUAAAGGAGUGGGCAAAGCCAAAAUGAAGGUUGAGAAGCUCUUUUAUACCUUGGAGCCAAAGACGAGCUGUGACGACGUGUCUAUCAAAGUGACCGUAACAGGCAAAAUGGAGUACACUGAGGAGGUGCUUCAGAAUUACAACUAUGACUAUGACGACGACGAGGAUCAACCUCGUGAGAAACGAGAAGUGGAAGAUAUCCCCCGAACCGCAAUAGAAUGGUUUGAUGCUCGCAGCAGACGGAAGAGAGACACAAAACAGAGUGCGGACUCACAAGAGAAUGUUAAGUACAAUGUUUGUGUCAGUCACAAUUUGGACCGGAAUCUCACAGGAAUGGCGAUUGCUGAUAUUACACUGCUUAGUGGCUUUGAUGUGGAUGUUGCAGAUCUAGACAAGCUAAAAGAAGGACUGGACCAAUUCAUCUCUCACUAUGAGGUCUCAGCCAACAGAGUGCUCUUGUAUUUUAAUGAGAUUCUCAAUGGAAGCCUCUGUGUCUCAUUUGGAGCCAGGCAGACAGUCAAGAUAGGGCUGAUCCAGCCUGCCUCCGCGUCGUUCUAUGACUACUAUGAGCCUGACAGAAAAUGUGACGUAUUCUACUCAGCACCCAAGAGGAGCAAGAUGAUAUCCAAGCUCUGCUCAGAGGAUGUUUGUGAAUGUGCUGAAAGACCAUGUUUCGAAGAAAAGAAAUAUUCUUCUGAAAAAAUAAUCAGGAAGUCCCACCGUGUCAAUCAUGCUUGUUACAGUCCAGUUGUGGAAUACGGUUAUAAAGUCCAAAUUACUUCAGUCACACCGAUAAGCAAUUUUGAGGUCUACAGUGGCACAGUGACAGACAUUUUCAGAGCAACUGGUGACAUGUCCGUGACAAGGGGAGACACCCGUGUGUUUGCCAAGAGGAUGCAGUGUAAAGGGAGCUUGGAUGUGGGGAAGACUUACCUCAUCAUGGGUUAUGAUGGGACUACCAAAGACACACUUGGACAGAUGCAGUAUCUGCUGGAUUCUAGAACAUGGGUUGAACAGGAGCCUGAUGGCUGUACGGCAACAAAAAAAAGGAAGUAUUGUAAAGAAUAUAAAGAGUUCAUAGAAGAGUAUGAGGUAGAUGGUUGCAAUCAGUAAUCAUUUUGCCAAAGGACACAGCUUUCAUAUCUCAUUUGAGCUUUUUUAGUUUUAAGAACAAUGUACAUCAGAGUCCUCCUUAAAGUGGAGAAAGGUGUCCAGAAAAUGUUCUAAUUCAUUGUAAUGUUCAUUAAAAUAUGCUCAUAAAAUGUCGGUGUAAAAAAAAACGAAACUUUGUCUUG